GAUAUUUUGGUAAUGUGGGUUGCAUUUGGGUUGCAUGUUAAAUGUUUGGUUUCUUUUGUCGUACGAACGAUCUAUGCUUUCAAAUUUAUAUCUAUUUAUAACAUUUGUAGACAAGUAACGUGACAUACCAAUGAAGAAGUUUCCAGACCUUGGUUAUGUAAGGCCGUAAUUGACAUUUGACAGCCAUUGAGUUUCUUAUUUUAUUACCGAAUAAAAAAAGAAGAAGUUUGUAGGUUAGUGAUUCUUGUCAAAUAAAUCAACAAUUUUUUGGCAAUUAAUUUAGGGGGUUUGCACACGAUUAUAUAAGCCCGACGGACCCUUUAGCAUUACCUAGGAUGCACCACGAGGAGGAGAAUUCUGGAAAACUGGAAAGUACAUCCAUAAUCCAUCUUCCGCAGAUCUUGCGAUCUACUGCCUUCGCCAUUUUGUUUAUCGAUGAAUUUCUGAGAGAAUAUUAUUUCAACAUUCCUCAGGUGAAUUUGUAUCGACUCUUAACGAAAUUCAACGGGCAAACCGAGAAGGAAUACAAAACCAUAAAAGGAAAAUUUCAUGAAGAAGUGUGAAAUAAGUGUAAGAAUUGAGAUCGACACAUCGAUGAUUUUACUCCUGUAACUUUUUUGUAUAUUAAUAUUUUGUCUCUAUUUUGUUGCAUUUAACGGUAGUGAGUUUAUUGUAAGAAAAUAAAAAUAUCGUUGAAAGUGUUUUGUUUUAUAUA